UGAGGCGGUGGCCGGGCCCUGUCUGAGGAAGAGGGUGGGGCAUGGGCGAACGCUGACCAAUGGGAGAAAAGGAAGCUAAGAUUGGCGGCGAUAAACACUAAUGGGAGAUCGUCUUUACCUCGCGGAGUGCCGCCCCUCUCUCCCUCCUCCCGCCUCCUUCCUUUAGGGGGGGAAGGCGGGGCCAGAGGCCUGAAGUGUGGGGAGAACUUGGGGCUCCGCUCUGCUAUAUGAAAUAUGGGAGACGACAGACCGUUUGUGUGCAAUGCCCCGGGCUGUGGACAGAGAUUUACAAACGAGGACCACCUGGCAGUUCAUAAACACAAGCAUGAGAUGACAUUGAAAUUUGGCCCAGCCCGAACUGACUCAGUCAUCAUUGCAGAUCAAACUCCUACUCCAACCAGAUUCCUGAAGAACUGUGAGGAGGUGGGGCUCUUCAAUGAACUAGCUAGCUCCUUUGAACAUGAAUUCAAGAAAGCUUCAGAUGAGGAUGAGAAAAAGCAGGCUGCUGCAGGGCCCCUUGACAUGUCUCUGCCUUCCACACCAGACGUUAAAAUCAAAGAAGAGGGGCCAGUGGAGGUAGACUCAUCCCCGCCUGACAGCCCUGCCUCUAGCCCCUGCUCCCCGGUGCUCAAGGACAAGGAAAUUGCCCCAAAGUCUGUUGUGAUAUCUACCCCAACGCCUACCAUUGUACGCCCUGGCUCCCUGCCUCUCCACUUGGGCUAUGAUCCACUUCACCCAACCCUUCCCUCCCCAACCUCUGUCAUCACACAGGCUCCACCAUCCAACAGGCAGCUGGGGUCUCCCACUGGCUCCCUUCCUCUCGUCAUGCAUCUUGCUAAUGGGCAGACCAUGCCUAUGCUGCCAGGGCCUCCGGUACAGAUGCCUUCUGUUAUAUCGCUGGCCAGACCUGUGUCUAUGGUGCCCAACAUUCCUGGUAUCCCUGGCCCACCAGUUAACAGCAGUGGCUCCAUUUCUCCCUCUGGCCACCCUAUGCCAUCAGAGGCCAAGAUGAGACUAAAAGCCACCCUAACCAACCAAGUCUCCUCAAUCAAUGGAGGUUGUGGAAUGGUGGUGGGUACCGCCAGCACCAUGGUGACAGCCCGUCCUGAGCAGAGCCAGAUCCUCAUCCAGCACCCUGACGCGCCAUCCCCUGCCCAGCCACAGGUCUCACCAGCCCAGCCCACCCCCAGCACAGGCGGGCGCCGGCGGCGCACGGUGGAUGAAGAUCCGGAUGAGCGGCGGCAGCGCUUUUUGGAGCGCAACCGGGCUGCUGCCUCUCGCUGCCGUCAGAAGCGGAAGCUGUGGGUGUCCUCCCUAGAGAAGAAGGCAGAGGAACUCACUUCUCAGAACAUUCAGCUGAGUAAUGAAGUCACAUUACUACGCAAUGAGGUGGCUCAGUUGAAACAGCUACUGUUAGCUCAUAAAGACUGUCCAGUCACUGCACUACAGAAAAAGACCCAAGGCUACUUAGAAAGCCCCAAGGAAAGCUCGGAGCCGACGGGUUCCCCAGCCCCCGUGAUCCAGCACAGCUCAGCAACAGCACCCAGCAAUGGCCUCAGCGUUCGCUCUGCGGCUGAAGCGGUGGCCACCUCAGUCCUCACGCAGAUGGCCAGCCAAAGGACAGAACUGAGCAUGCCCAUUCAGUCGCAUGUGAUUAUGACUCCACAGUCCCAGUCUGCGGGCAGAUGAUGCCUCCCCUGGUGGAGAGGUCCCCAGCCAGAGCUCGCCCGUUCGAGAGCCAAGAGAGGUGUCAUCUUACCCCUCCCGUCUGCCUUGGACAUGGCGGUGUGGGGGGACUGUGUGUUGUGAGUAAAGGACAGCUGUGGGGCUUUUCUCUUCAGCCACAUGGUCGUGUACGUUGACACCUGUACUAGGAGCCUCCCAGCCCCGGAGCCACAUAGAUCAUCCCGGAAGGGGGGGUUUCUGAAGUCCUCACAGCCAGAGGCCCUUCCACAUGGUCUGAACAGUCAGCCACCCUCGCCCAUGCACCCGUACUUCUCUCUCUGAACACUAACCCUUGCACUUGUAGGUUUCCGGUUUCCCAGUUUCCUCUCUUCCCAAUAAGCCAUAACUGUUACCUUCUUGUUCCUUAGCAGCAUGUCACUACCUGCUAGGUAGAGAGAGCCAGAAUUGAUGGAGAAUCAACUGCUGACCCAUCUCCAGCCCCCUCAUGGACUCAGGACAUUGUGUCCCAGUAGCUGCUUAUAUCCCUUUUUACCCAUCCAAAAUUCUAGUCAAAAUAUUCACUUAGGGAGAUUGUAAAGUUACCUUUGAUGUAUGAAGUAGCAAUAUUUUUUCCAGCUCUUCCAUAAACUUUAGUCCUUCUCCCUAUUUUCUACCAAAACAAACAAAAACAAAAAAACAAAAAACAAAAAAAAAGGAAAAAGAAAGAAACAAAACCCCAAGAGUUCUAGUCCUUUUUAGUCUGUUUGCAGGGCUAUUUGGAUAACACGUUUUGCCUCUUGAGUUUUCCCAGUCUAGUGGUGGGGUCUUUUCCACUUCCCACUAAGCCUUGCAAUCACCUGGUGGCCUUAUCAGCUAGGACUUGGCAGGGAAAGGGGAAGAGCCAGGAUCUGACUGACUGACUCCUCCCCUCCCCACUCCCUCCUUCUUCAGCCUAAUCAUCAGGUCAGGCAGGAAAGCUUGUUCCAUCAGGUUAAUGGAGUGACUCUUUGUUGUAAAGGAGUUGACUGACCAAAGCAUGCAUAUUCCUUUUGGUCAGCUUUCCGCCUCUGCCUCUCCCUCUUGGUUCUCCUGGCCACAUGAAUGCCUCUCUCCACGGCUGGUUCAGAUGCAGCCCUGAACCAGCUGUCCCUCACUUUCCCCUUCUCAGCCUCACUCAUCUGCCUUCCCUGAGCUAGGGUCUUGUAUUCCCACGUGCCCCACCCCCUCUGGAUCUCCCUUGUUCCUCUCAGCAGGCUCGUAGCCUGGCCACUAGGCCUCUCUUCAGCUCUUUUCUGCUUUUUGCCCCCUCAAUGCGGUGCUUCUCCAUAGGCCAACCCCCAAGACUCAGGCCUCACAGCCAGGGCCCCGCGAGGGUUUUCCGAGUACAAAGUUGGAUGGGGGGGGGCAGGGGGAGGAGAGGGAGGAGGUGCAGUUCUGAGCUCAGCAGAAGAGCCCUGCUUAUUGAAAGGUCUAGCCUGCCUGGGAAAUGGGUGACUAUUGCUCUCAGCCAUUCUUACUCUGAAGAGUAGGGUUACAGAGGAAGAAAUUCAUCCCUCUGGUCUCUCUCUCUUCCCCAUGAAGACUUCUCAUCUUCCUUUGGCUCUGAACUAUGCAAUUUCUACCAGGGCCAUAGGAAGCAAUCCAAAGCCAGAGGCCUGUGGAUAGGUAUGUCAGCUUUAGUGGCUCUUCAGUCUGAAACCCUUCCAAUUGUCCCAGCGCUGCCACCUGCCAUCUGCCAAAGCCAAGAAUGUCCUUUUCUCCAUCUCUCUACCUCCGUCUUAAAUUGUUGUUUUGUCUUCCAAAAUUGGCUGGCCCAGGGGAACGAGGAAAUGUCCUCAGCUACAAGAUUGCAGUCUCCUCAGAGUGAUAAACCGGUGAGCCAGUCAGGUGGCAUGUUCCACUGCAUUGUUUUUAAUUUCCCCUUGCAGAGCUGGUGCUGAACAAGCCACACCUGGUGAAGAGAAAGGAGAGAAACGUGGUUUUCUCAUCCUCUACCACCCGGGACCCAACAGGAACAGCCCCUGAGGUGACUCAGAUUAGCAAAUGGCAAGGCAGAUGGUCAGGAUGCAGGUUUCCGCCUCCAGGGACUCCGCUCGCCUGUAAAAUUCACAGCCAUAACUCGCGCUCAGGGCUCGCAGACACUGCUCCCGGGCUCUUCUACUUUAGUUUUGUUUCAGUUUUUUAUUCUAUUGAUUUCCCACCAUCAGCCUUGCCUUUAAGCUUGACUGAGUUUAUGGCUCCUAAGGAGCCUUCAUAAGACCCUUCACUAUUUUCUUCCGCCUUCAGUCAAGUGUGUUUCAAAUGGAGAAUCUCACACAGGCCUUGCCUCGCUGCUGGGCGCUGGAGGAGGCUGCUCUGCCCAUCCGCCCCUGAGUAGGAUGGCUCGUUUACGUAGAGGGUCUCGGUUCAUUUCUUAACCCCACGUCUAACUCUCGUUUUCAUCAGUCGGGUGUUCGCACUGGGGACCUGAGUGAGGGGCAUUGCCAGAACCUCAGUAAGAAAGCAGCAGUGACUUGAGGAAGGGGCAGGACGAGCCUGCAGACCAAUCUUCAGUUGGUCCUCGGUCUCACUACAAACAGACAAUUGCUUACCAUGAGCCUCUCUUAUACCAAGGGGAAUGUCAUGACCUGGUCCUCACUGCCUCCCGUGGCUGCUCUCCCGUGCUCUUUGCCUUCCAGACUCAUCUGCACCAGAACCAAACACCAGAGAGGGUGUCCUUUAGCCCUUCGUUAGGCUGCCAGGGAGCCCGGGGGAGACACUUCUGAAGGGGCUGAGGUGUGGACCCUAGGACUCUUCCAACUGAGCACAGGACUCGGCCUCUCACUUCACUCCAAGACACAGCUGCUGGGCGUGCAAGCCAUGAAGCAGGGGUGGGGAACCUCCGGCACGCAGGCCGUGCAAGGCCCGUGGAAUCAUUUGGGCUGGCCUUGGCAAGGUAUUGGGGUGAGUUAAUUAAAUGUGUAACCAAAUACAGACGGCUAAUUUUUAAGUUAAUAAUUUUGUAUGACCUUUGAAUAAUGUUAUAAAUAUCCAAAUGGCCUUUGGCAGGAACAAGGUUCCCCACCCCUGACCUAGAGACAGGGGCCAGAACCAGGUCUGGCGUGCAGUCUGCCCAUUUCCUGGAAGGUGUGCUUAGAGCUGAAAAGCUGAGAAGCUUCCCCAUAGCUCGGAGACAGAAAGAGGAGGAGCUUCUUCCCUCACUCCCUGUGCCUGUUGGCUGUGCGCCCCACAUCUGGCUUCCUUCAGCUGCUUCUCCUCUUCUUGGCCCUAAGACCAGACCAUGAACUCUCGGUGGUGGUAAAAGAGGUGACCUAACCGAACUUCACCUGUGGCCUUCCUAUGCCUGUCGUGCUGUUCUUGGCUCCUUUCCCAAUUCCCUGCCCUGGCACCACUCAGAGCCGGGGUGCUUAGUCAUCGCCAGGCCUGUUUACAGCCUGCCCACCGAGCAGACACGUUCUCCUCUGGCUUCUGAGGCCCGCGUCCCACCUGAGAGGCUCCAUUAAAGGUGCUACCCUGAGACCGCUCCCCCUCACAAAAGUUCUCCCUUUCUUUCAGAACUUCCUUUCCAUCCCCACGUCAUUAAUUUCCAUUAAUAUUGUACAUUGUAUACACAGGAAGGAAAAGUAUUGUUUUUUAUUUCAUAACCAGUCUGUUUAGAAUCCAGUCCUAGCUGUAUCACAUAUGCCUUUGUUGAUGUGCUCUUUGUGCUUUCUUUAGACUUCUGUUUGACCGAGGCGGAGGGAGGACUGAGACAAGUGAGGAUUCUCAAUCUCCCACACCCUAAUCUCCCCUCAGAGUACAAAACUGUUUGUUUCUGUUUACAACACACACGUGCACACAGACACAAACCCCCUCCCAGGGUGCUGACCCAGCUGGAAUGAGCAGAGGCGGCUGCUGGUCACCAUUCCCACCCUUUGUACCACUUCUUUCAUCUCUUUUUGGGGAAAGAAUGAGAAAAGGCUGGGGAGAAUAGGGGAGGUUAAGGCAGCUUGUGCCCUUUGUAGAGGCAGGCUUGUGCUGUGCUGGUAGGGUUUGUUUUUAAUGGGGGCUGGUAGCACAGAGAUAUCUUACGGCAUUAGCCGCUACUGGUGAGUGCUGUUUUAGCUGUAAGAAGUGGCUUUGAGCAUUAGUUGCUUUGGCUUUUCCUUAGGGCGAUGGUUCUCAGAACAUGGCCCAGGACCAGCAGCACCCGCAUCUGGGAACUUGUGAGAAAUGCACGUUUGGGCCCCACCCCUGACCUGUUGAAUCAGAAACCCUGGGGAUGGGCUCCCACAAGCACUCCGAGUGGUUCUUAUCACACUAAGGUUUGAGAACCACCGCCCUCGGAGCAACUGGGAAGUUCUUGCAGGGUAUCCAGACGAUUUGAGUACCUCCUCUGCCUUAGCACUAACACAUGUGUUUUUCCAUUUCCUCCAGCCCCUCUCCACCCCCAUUAAAACAACAACCAGAUCAUUCAUCUCGAAAUCUAGGUUUAUCUUCGUCCUACUUAGCCCUAAAACCUGUCCUGCGUCGGCUGGGCAGAUGUGUCCCAUAUUCCCUUGCAGACUGGUCACUCCACACUCUUUGUUACAGGAAGGACCAGCUGGAGUUUAGCUGUUCAGUUCACACACACACAUACACACACACACACACACACACACUCACACACACCUUCAGGCAGGGAGAUGAGCCUCCAGCCCCGCAGCAGAGGCUGCCACCUCUUGAUAUAGUAUCUGUUGAAAAGAAAGCAGUGUGUAUCUAUGGUUAUAUCUCUGCUCAUCUGUAUAUCUUUGACAUGUAGCAAAACCUCUCCAUCUCAUCAAGGAACUCUACUGGGGGUCUGAGUCUCCCCGGUGGUGGGCUUUGACAGGUGGGAGCAUGCAGUGCUACAGGCUAUUUUGUUACAAAACCAUGGUCUCCCUCCCCCCUCCAUCCCAUUCAGCAUGACCCCUGUGAGCAGGCUCACAACCCCAGAACGGGCGAGGCAGAGGCUUCGCUCCGUUCUCCCCCACCGUCCCUUCUUCUCUCCCCUUGCCACUCAGCAUUACCCCCAGGCGGCCUUCCCCCUCUCCCUUGCCCUGACAUAUAUUGUGCCUUAUUUAUGCUGCAAAUAUAACAUUAAACUCUCGAGAGAACCAC